CGUACCUUAUAGAUUUAUGUAGAGGACUGCACCCGUUGAACUCUAAGCGUUAAUCAUCAACCUGUUUGAUAAAAGUCCUGAAAGAGAAUUAGCAUGGAAGUGGCUAGACCCAGUGUUGGUAAUGGUAUCAGUGGGAGAUGGAAGACUGCUUGGGCUUCAAAAAACAGCGUGAAAACUUUUACAAUAGCAGCCUUCUUUGCCGUAGCAUUCUCUCUUUUAUUGCUCAGGGGAAGGCACAGGGUUCUUGGUCAAUCCGGGACUUGUUAUUUUCCUGCCGUAUUCAACUUUGGUGAUUCCAAUUCUGACACGGGUGGAAAGUCCGCUGCGUUCCACCGGAUUCCUUUGCCUAAUGGAAAUACUUUCUUCCAAAAGCCAUCUGGGAGAUAUUGCGAUGGCAAACUGAUUAUCGAUUUCAUUGCUGAGACUUUGGGACUGCCAUAUUUGAGUGCGUAUCUGAACUCAGUUGGUACAAACUUCCGGCAUGGAGCUAAUUUUGCUACAGGAGGGUCUACGAUUCAGCCAGCAGAUGCAAGAAUGUUUAAGAUGGGGUAUAGCCCCAUUUCUCUUGACAUACAACUCGCACAAUUUGAACAGUUCAAAGAGCGAGUAAAUGAGCUUUAUAAAGAAGGUGUGGAUCCAAACAUUAAGAGCAAGCUACCAAGACCAGAGGACUUCUCACAAGCACUUUACAUAUUUGAUAUUGGGCAAAAUGAUCUUGAUGGUGCAUUUAAGUCAAUGACAGAGAAACAGGUUAUAGAAUCAAUUCCUGGAAUUAUCAACGAAUUUGCUCAGACUGUUAAGAGACUACAUCAACAUGGAGCAAGGAUAUUUUGGAUACACAACACAGGUCCAAUAGGAUGUUUGCCCUUCCACGUUCUAGAUUAUACUCCAGUAACUAAAAAUGUGGAUCGAAAUGGUUGCAUAAGAUCUCAUAAUGAGAUUGCUCAAGAAUUUAACAGGCAGCUGAAAGAGAGUGUUAUCCAACUUAGGAUGCAAUUCCCAGAUGCAGGACUGACUUAUGUUGAUAUUUACUCAGCUAAAUAUUCUUUAAUUUCUGAUGGAAAGCACCAUGGAUUUGCAAAUCCGCUUGGAUAUUGCUGCGGCCAUUAUCGGGAUAACAUGUGCUGGAGGAAGACAACAGAGAAUGGAACUGAAACUUUGUCGACUUCAUGCAGCAAUCCUUCAGCUUAUAUAAGUUGGGAUGGCAUCCAUUAUUCCCAUGCUGCAAAUAUGUGGAUAGCUAACAAGGUUGUUGAAGGAUGGCUUUCAGACCCUCCAACUCCCAUCACUAAAGCAUGCCACAUGUCUCUUAAUUCCAAGCGCCAAUAGUGUGCUGACUGAUGCCAAGAGGACACAUUUGACACGAAGGAGUGGACCUUUUGUACCGUUUGCACUGCAAACUAGAUCGUUUUGAUGCUCUUAUACCUUUUGUAACUUUUAGACUUUCUCCUGUAGGCUAAA